ACCAAGCCCCCCUUUCCUUUUCCCUUUUUGCUGCUCCUGCUUUUAAUUGUUUUUGAAUUCAAUCUCUCCUCCUUCCUUCCGACCGCCACCACCGCCGCCGCCGCCGCCGCCGCACCACUGCCAUUAAUAACCACUCCUCACCUCCUACUCUACGCUCCUCCAUCUUCCUCCUGCACGCCAUCACUCUGCUCUUAUCUUUUCCAUUUUUAGACAUAGACAGAUUCGCCAUCGCCUGCACGCGCUAUAUAUAAACAUACCUCUGUGUUCGUGUCUGUGUGUGGGGUAGAAAUUGGGGAAAAGUUUGCUUGCGUUUGGCUUAGGGCUGCAAUCCCGAGGAUAGGAUACGAUUGGAGGAAGAAAUCGCCGAUUUUCGAUUGAUUGAUUUGCCCAGUGGUGUUCAAUUAGGGAUUUGGAUUUGGAUUUGGAUUUGUUGGCUAUGUGAUGCAUCAGAAGAAAUCGGAAGUACAGAUCGGAAAAGACAGCAGCGGCGUCUCUUCCGAUUUCAAUCCCACUCCGCCGCUACCGCCGGCGUCCCUCACGCAGAAGCAUCCCCACCCUUCCAAUCCGCCGGCCGUCCAUCCGCCGUCCUCCGCCGCCCAUACGACGCUGCAGAUCCUAAUCGACGCCGAGAAUGAGCAGAAUGACGGUUUUGCCCUCAAGCGCGCCCCCUUCAAGAGGUCUCCUCAGCAGCAGCAGAGGCAACAGCGCUUUGCCAAGACCCCCACCCUCUCCAACGCUCUGCACAACUACGGCCGCGCCGUCUCUCCGCCGCCGGACCACCAUCACCAUCACCACCACCGCCCGGCGAAUUUCAAUCUCUUCUACAACAGGUCUCACAACUUCCUGACACACUUCCACCACCAGUUCCGCCACCUGCGCCGCCGGCUGCGCCUCCACGUCCGCCUGAUUCUCCUCCUCAGCCUCCCUUUCUUCUACUUUUUAGUAUCCCAUCCUUCCAGCUCUUUUAUCCUCGAUUUCCUAUCGGCUUUCGCCUUCUCCGCUGCCCUCCUUUUCUCCCUUAACUUAGCCAUCCCAAGGCUCCCCACCAUAAGACUCUUCCUGUCCAGAUCACUCCCGCUCAAGAUAUCUGCGAAGGACCGAAUCUCCCGCCCACAUUUGCCUGUCUUUUGGUCGAUAGGGUCUCGAGCAAAACCAGACAAGAAGGCGAUCACAGGAUGCUACGUGCAAGCCUACAGCAAUGGGGAUGUGUUCGAGGGAGAGUUUCACAAGGGCAAGUGUUCGGGGAGUGGAGUGUAUUACUAUUACAUGAGUGGAAGAUACGAAGGGGAUUGGAUCGACGGCAAGUAUGAUGGUUAUGGGGUGGAGACAUGGGCGAGAGGGAGCCGAUAUAGAGGGCAGUAUCGACAAGGUCUUAGGCAUGGUUUCGGAGUGUAUAGGUUUUACACGGGGGAUGUGUACGCCGGGGAAUGGUCUAAUGGGCAGAGCCAUGGAUGUGGGAUUCAUACCUGUGAGGAUGGGAGUCGAUAUGUUGGAGAAUUUAAGUGGGGUGUUAAGCAUGGCCUUGGACAUUACCAUUUCAGGAAUGGGGACAGGUAUGCUGGAGAAUAUUUUGCUGAUAAGAUGCACGGAUUCGGAGUGUAUUUCUUUGCGAAUGGGCACCGCUAUGAGGGUGCUUGGCACGAGGGUAGAAGGCAGGGGCUUGGAAUGUACACUUUCAGAAAUGGCGAAACUCAGUCUGGCCAUUGGCAGAAUGGAAUUCUUGAUGUCCCAAGCACGCAGAGUGCUAGCUAUCCCGUUUCUCCUGUUGCCGUAAACCACUCCAAAGUUCUUAAUGCUGUUCAGGAAGCUCGACGAGCUGCUGAGAAAGCCUAUGAAGUGAGUAAGGUUGACGAGAGAGUGAACCGAGCAGUUACUGCAGCCAAUAAGGCGGCCAAUGCUGCUCGAGUGGCUGCAGUGAAGGCUGUGCAGAAACAAAUGCACCGCAGAAGCGGGAGUGACGAGAAUCCGAUACCCAUUGCAUAAUACAAACUGCGAGCCUUAUGGGGCAGUCUUCUUGCUGAUGACGACGAUGACACACACCGCCAAUAAUUAGUACGCGAACUGGGGUUUGUCCGAACAUGGCAGGCAAGAUCUUCUCUGGUUUCCUUGCACUACAACGCAAGCUGAAUUUUCGUCAGCAGCCGGUGUUUCGAUAGUAAGCAUCAGAGUGUUGGGAGGAGAGAGACAUGAAGAUGAUCUCUCUCUCUCUCUCUCUCUCUCUCUCUCUCUCUCUCUCACAGUCUCUGUCUCUGUCUCUCUUUGUUAUUGUGUUUUUGGUAUUUUGGUAUAUGGUUGGCGUGUUUUGUGUAUGUAUAGUAUAGUAUAGUAUAGGAAAUGUUAAGUUUGAGUGGUGCUGUGGUGGUGAGGGAAACCCCUUGCCACAUACUUGCUUACUAAUCACCACACCACUGCUCUCUCUCUCUCUCUAGAUUUCUCUGUCUCUGUCUAGAAUGUGAGGGUUGGGAAGGAGGGAGGAGAGCAUAUGACUGACAGACAGACAGAAAGACACACACUGCUAAUCAAGAAACUGCUUCUUAAUAGAGAGGUGUAAUAUUUUCAACUUAACUUCUACUACUUUAUUAGGGGCUUC